UCGUCGGGCGGGGGGAAUAAAAAACGAUAAACAGACACUCAGAUUUGGAGAAAUGAGGAGGAGGACACCACAGAGUCCAUACAAAAUGCUGAACAGCCGCACAGUUUUUGCACUGAGCGCUGAGGAACCGGCGGAACGAAGAGAGGAGAUGCAGAAAUUUCUGGCACUGCCAAUUGAAGAAAAGGCAACCCACGCUGUGAGAGAGCUGGCCAAGAAGAAGAAUGAGGUGGUGGGAGAAGUGGAGGAGGAGAGUGGGGAGAAGAAGAGUGUGAAGCAAACUCAGACCAAAACAGCUGGCCGUAAACAAACACCGAGCCCGCAUGAUCAGAAAAUUAGCAGGAUGAGAGGAGAAAGAUUCACAAAACAAAGCAAGUACGACCUCAUCCUGAUGGAACGGCAGCAAGCGGUCUUGGAGAUAUCCCUGAUGACUAAAAGGUCUGAGAUACAGAGGAUGGACAAGGUCAUUGCAAAAGAGGAAAGAAAGCUGAAACAAUUCGAAAAGCUCAUGGAGAGAGACAAUCAGAAGUUUGAGGAGUUUCUGAAGGAGAACGAGAGGAGGUCCAUUGAAGCCAGAACGCUCUUUGAACAGGAGGAAAAAUCCAAACAGGAGAAGAACGCUGCCAUCAGGAAGCUAUCUGCUGAAAUGGGGACCAUUCAAAGUGAACUAGACAAGUAUGAAGAAGCUCUGAGAGACUACCAGAAAUACAGAGACUUCCUGUUCGGGAUUUCUCCCCCAGAGUGGCAGGAAGAGCAGAAGACCAAGGCCCAAAAGACAAAAGCUUUGCUUAUGAAAGACAGACAGCGAAUCCAGAACGAGGAACCUUCUGAAACCGGUUUGGAAAGUACGCCGUCCAGCUCUGGGAGAAAUCAGAGCCCUGUCAGAGUGUCCAGGUUACCAUCUGCUCAAAGUGACUCACUGGAGACAAACUGUAGACAGGAUUGUGUCAGCUCAGAGGAUGAGCCAGAGCUGUACUUCACAGAUCCCCAGCAGCUACUGGAUCUGAUGACAAAGCUGACGGAGCAGAACCUGUUCCUGAUUAAAAACUCUGCCAGGGUGGAGGACAUGCUGAAGGAGCACCGUCAAACCAUGGAGACGAUCAGGAGGCAGAUAGAAGAAGAGGAGCAGCAGAUAGCCCUGCAGAUAAAAGAGCUGAACCAGAGAAUCCACAGAGAGAAGAAGAGAGGCGCCAAGCUGGAACAGAUGAUUCAGCUUCAUCUUAAACUGAGCUCAGAGGACAAAGAUGAAACUUUGAAAGCACUGGGUGAAAAGGUGACAGACGUUCAUGCCAGCUGCGUGGGAAACGGGAGGACUGACCUCAGCACCUUGGAGAAGUUGGCAGACAUCGAGAACUUCCUCUCAUCGCUGCUGCAGAAUCUGGAAAGCCUGCCUGCAAAACAACUGGCGAUGGUUAAGAAGCUGAAGGACAGCGAGAAGAGGAACAGGAUGCGUGAGGAAAAGCUGAUGGAGCAGAGAGAGAAACAAAAGGAAAGGAUGAGGAGGUAUCUGGAGAGAUCCUUGGCCGACUCCAACAAGAGAAGGGGGAAGAAGCUGAUGCCGAGAUACAUGCCUGUUGUCAGGAGAGCUGAGGUCCCCAAAGUGGUUGAGGCAGCGGCGGAGGAUGACUUCAGUGAAUUCCUCUCCACAUCUGACGACACGGAGUAACAAAACAAAGACAAAGAGAUGCAGAGGAACUUUUUCUGCAGAG